UGUGAAACCAUGGUUGUGUUGCAGAAAACAAGCAUGGACAGGAAAGAAAAUCAACGAUUAUGCACAAUACAGAAAGAUUGGGGACCUCUAAUCAAUUGUAAACCCGUUUUAACGCCGGAUUCCAAACACUUGCUAGCUGCCUCAGGGUGCUCUAUAAAAGUCUUCAGUACAGCGAGUGGGAGCCUCAUACAGGAAUUCAUAGGGCACAGACACAAGGUGAUAGGCAUUGGUCAACAUGGCAGCCUGUACAUCACAUGUGAUGCCAAAGGAGAGAUGCGGACAUGGUCCUCAGAAAAACAAGAAUGUCUUGAGAAAAUCAAGCUCCUGGAGGAGAGUUCGCAGGACACAGAACGGGUUGUGGCAUUCCAGAUAAUGAAGGAAUUCCAACAGGUUCUCCUCCUGGUGAGGAAAUCUAGCAAGAAGAAAUGCCGACUGAUGAAGUUCUCACGGCCGUUUGGCAAGGGAUCCCCAAUGGUUUUGGCUCAGGAUGUGCAGCUGGGACAGGGCAAGAUGGGUGCUUCACACACUGGUGACUCCAUUGCAUAUCUCACUGAAGACAGCCUCUCCAUCAUAGCUGCAGGCAAGGGAGUGUUCAGACACAUGGCAGGCAGACGGCCCUUCACCUGCCUGGUGUGGAACCCCCAGCAGGAGAUGCUGGCAACAGGAGAUAUCACUGGCCGCAUUGUGCUCUGGUACAACCUGGCAAAUAAAGUUCCUGCACAGACAAUCCUCCAUUGGCACACGCUGCCCGUCGAGGAUCUUGCCUUCUCAGUUCUUGGAAACGAAUUGUUCAGCGGAGGAGGAGAGUGUGUGUUAGUCAAGUGGCUCCUCCCAGAAGACCGCAGACAUUACCUGCCCCGCCUCGGAAUGCCUAUCAAAACCAUCACCACAGACACCAGCAACAGUUUAGUCAUAACUGGCCACACGGACAAUGCCUUUACAGUCAUAGCAUCUAAGACAAAUAAAUUACAAGGCUACAUUCAAGAUCUUAACAUCAAUUUGGAGAGCACCGAGUCAUUCCCAGCUGGAAUCGUGUUUGACCCGAAAACAGGAGCAAUUGUCUUGAACGGAAGGACGGGACACAUUCAACUUUACGACAUUCAUCACAACAAACAGCUGUACCAUGUAUGUAUUUAA